GUUGCGCCCACUGAUGACAGCCACAUCAUCACGAACAUGGAGGAGAAACUAAAAUUUUAUUACAGAGUUGUUUUAUCUCGGAUUGCUCGAGAUCUGGACGAAGAAGAGCUAAAACAACUGUUAUUCCUUUGCAGAGGUGAAGUUCCAAGACGUGUUACAAGCGUUUGGGAACUUCUUGUUUCACUGGAAGACUCGGCCAAGAUAUCUUGGAUGGACGUUUCCUUCCUGAAAAGAUGUUUGAACGUUAUGGGAAGGGAAAAUCUCGUUGUCAUCCUGACUGAGUUUGAAAACAAACGAGGUCUGUCCAUUAUUUUACAUGCCUUCGUCGAGGAGAAGCAAAAUGUGAAGCCCAUUACCCAUUCGUCCGCGACUGAAGCGGCUUCCCACCUCGUGCGGCUGAUGGAAAACUUUUCAGGCGGAGAAGAACUGAGAGAAGUGAUAAGAAACACAGGCGAGAAAGCGGAAGAUCUUUGGCGGCAGCUCCUGUCUGAAAUUCCUUUCUCAAACCUGACUUGGGGAAAAUUUUCCAUGCUAGUUGCGAUUGCCGGUGAAAUUAUUUCCUCAUCGGCCUCGACUCACCUGAGAAGAGACCAUCCAGGAGAAGAUGUCAUGAAUAAGUGUUUGGCUUUAGGAGGAGAUCUUUCUUCCUUCAUGCUUAAACUUGGAUGUUGGGUAAGUGAAAAAAGGUUUUAUGGUGUUAAUUCUAAGAUUCAUUAUCUACCAGUUUAGUGGCUGAGGUACAAAAUCUGAUCAAUGCUAUCAUUCAAAACCAGGGCAACAAACAUCUUUUCCAAACGCGAGACUAAUAAAAGCGAAAGAUUGUAGCGGAAGCUGAAACACAAAUGGAUCGAAUCUUACCAUUAAGGUUGGCUCCUACGACUAUUUCUUUGCUAAUCUAAACUGGAGUGAAGUUUCUAUGCAGAAUGUAUCUCUACCUCAAAAAAUGGAGAGUUUUAAGGACGCAAAGUAAAUAUCGAUUCCGUGUGCGCUGGAAAUCACGCGAGAAAUUCACAUGAAAUAAUCAUAACUUUGUUGUUACGGUUAUUAAUCGACUGCAUAUGCCAUUGCAAGAGUUUAAAUCUAGUCGUCAACUGUAGACUUAUCAUGGCGGGUGCUUUCAGUGUGCUGAUUUGUAAGCGAUCAGACUUUUCAUAAUAAUAUCAGUAUCACUAUGAUUUGAUCAGAGUACUCGUAGCUCGAGGCGCCAUUUUGUUCACAUUUGGCUCUUGAAUUCUUAUUCUUUCUCUGGUAUCUCCGCUUAAUAAUAAUUCCGAUUAACGAUUAAGGCUAACAAUGGAACCUCAGCACCUUUUCCUUCAAAAAUGUUUAGAUCAUUUUACUCUUCCUACUGCAACUUCGAAAGUUGCAUGUAGACUAAAAGAUGAAAAUGAUCCAAACACUGUGAUCAAUUGAUGAAUUAAAUUGUUUUGCAAUUUUACUAUAAGUGUGACCAUUGAUUUCUCCUUCUACAACGAUGGGACGAUAAUAUUUGAGCCGGGGUGGUUAAAUUUGAAUCCUUGAGGAAACGAAACUCAGAACUCUCGCUUAGUUAACGGGAGGGCAGCAAUCCGUCACUAAUUUCCGGAUUAGGGAGGCUGCGGCAUUUGGACUUUGUACAAAACAAGAGAAGCGUGACUGGAUUUCCUUUCACAGUGCUCUGGAAUGUAGAUAUUGAAUGUAGAAUCUCGGAUGUAAAUCUUAGUUAUAAAUCUUCCAUGCAACUUGAAACUACGGCUCCAAAGAGCCCAUUUUACAGCAAACAAUGAACAGUAUGAACGAGUGGCAUAGAUAAACAGAAACAACAUGAGGAUUUCAUAUGUCUCAAUUGUCUUUACCGAAGUUCUAGAAAGUUUGAUAAAGAAAUUAAAAUUAGAUUUUAUGUCGCGUCAAAUAAAUAGCUCCUUAAAUUGGCCAAGAUCCUUUGAAGGGAAAAGGUCUUAUCUUCGGCCAAAAUGCCACCCUAUAGCUAUUUGAACGUUGCUGAAUCUCGUAUUGAAGCUUUGACUUUGGGCAAUCAGCGAUAGUAAUGCAAUGAACAUAAAGGAAAACUUUAUUUAAAGUAAACACAACAAGUCAUGUUUCCUUCUUCACCACAUUUUCAGGAGCAGUUCUGCAGUGAUUUAGAGAAACGUUUUAACCGGAUUUGUAGACGAGAUGUCAGUCGCAACUCACCCUUGUCUUUUUGGAGACAAGUGGCUGACACGAUUGGAGAUUUGGAGAACGAGAUCUUUUUCUAG